UGAACAUGAUUGUUCUCCUAUAAAAGCAGUGUUUAUCUUCUUCUCCACACAACCAUUCGCUCUCUCUGCAAUUAAAUAUUCAAAAAUGGCACCUUGCAUCGACACUUCCAGAACCACCGGAAAAGCUCUUCUUUCUCAAGACGAUGAUUCUCGCUUCCAUUACACGAAUCUCUUCCCACCCACUAAUUUCCCUGGUCGAAAUUCACGAUCACCCAUCCUCCACACAACCUCUCCGCUCCAAGAUUUUGAUGAUGAUAUCUGGUUUAAGAUGCUUGAAGAAGCUAAAUCCCACGUCGAGCAAGAACCCAUUUUGUCAAGCUACUAUUACUCUUCCAUUACAUCGCAUCGAUCGUUAGACUCCGCUUUGGCCAACAUUCUCUCCGUAAAGCUCAGCACUUUAACCUUACCAAGCCACACCCUCUUCGAACUGUUCACCAGCGUCUUACAAGAAAGCCCAGAGAUCACCGAGUCCGUGAAGCAAGACCUAUUAGCAGCAAAGGAAAGAGACCCAGCUUGCUUAAGCUACGUCCAUUGCUUCCUAAGCUUCAAAGGCUUCCUCGCUUGUCAAGCUCAUCGCAUCGCUCACAAGCUCUGGACACAAGACAGAAAGAUCCUCUCUUUACUCAUCCAAAACAGAGUAUCCGAAGCUUUCGCCGUCGAUAUUCACCCGGGAGCGAAGAUCGGGAGAGGGAUUUUGUUGGACCACGCGACCGCCGUGGUGAUCGGUGAGACGGCGGUGGUUGGAGACAACGUUUCGAUUCUCCACGGCGUGACGCUCGGAGGAACAGGGAAGCAGUGCGGCGAUAGGCAUCCGAAGAUCGGUGACGGAGUCUUGAUCGGAGCAGGGACUUGUGUGUUGGGGAAUAUAACAAUCGGAGAGGGAGCUAAGGUUGGAUCGGGGUCGGUGGUGCUUAAAGACGUGCCGCCGCAUACGACGGCGGUUGGAAACCCGGCGAGAUUGAUUGGUGGGAAAGAGAAUCCGAAAAUGCUUGAUAUGAUACCCGGUUUGAGCAUGGACCAGACAUCGUACUUAACCGAGUGGUCCGAUUAUGUCAUCUAAAACAAAACAAAAAGGUGUAAUUAUUGUCUUUGCUGCGUGUUAUCUGUCCACGUGUAAUAAGUCGAAAAGAUGACUCUGAUUUGCAAACAAGUUAAACCAAC